UUUGGCCGGGCCGGGCCGGGAUCCAGAGCGGCGGCGGCACCGGCGGGGUUUGGCCGGGCCGGGCCGGGAUCCAGAGCGGCGGCGGCACCGGCGGGGAUUGGCCGGGCCGGGCCGGGAUCCAGAGCGGCGGCGCUGCGCUGCCCGGUGACGCUGCCCGGUGACGCUGUCACGUGACGCUGCGCGCUGACGCUCCCCGGUGACGCUCCCCGGUGACGCUCCCCGGUGACGCGCCCGUGACGCGGCGGCGGCGGGCGCUGCCGGGCCCGGGCCGGGCCGAGGCCGAGCGGAGCCCGGGAGAGGAUCCUGGCGCGGGGGAUGGAGACGGCUCCGGGAGCGGCUCACGGCCUGUGCUGAUCACCGCCUAUGAAAAGGUGCAGUUCUCUGCCUGCAAGGAAACAUUGGCCUGCAGUUGUGGUGAACCCUCGUUUAUUUAAAAACCUUAAACCAGCAUCUACGUCAGGAGCCGCUGUGCCGUGAGGCUGUUUCUCCUCAGGCAGGACAGAGCACACACAGUGCCCCUGCCUGCCGAGCCGCGUGUGCCCGCUCCGGCAGUAGUGUGUGCGAAUGACGGAGUCCCAGAGGAAGCUGAGCUGAAGGGACCCACAGGCACCAUCGAGCCCAGCCCUGGCCCUGCACAGGGCCGUCCCCAGGGGCCCACCGUGUGCCAACGAGUACAAACACCUCUCGGUGCUGUGACCGCUGCUCUGGGGAGCCCAUCCCAGUGCUCAGCCACCCCCUGGGGGCAGAACCUUUUUCUAGUAUCCAGCCUAAGCCUCCCCUGACACAACUUCAGCCAUUCCCUCAGAUCCUGUCCCUGGUGACCACAGAGAUCAGCGUCUGCGCCUCGUCCCCUCAGAAGGAAGGUUCAGACUGCGACCGGUCUGGACUAGGAAUUAAAAUGUGUCUCCCGUGACCACUGAAGAUAGAGGCUCUGUCAGUGCAGGAGCCUGAGCAGAUCAAACCCAGAGUGGCAGUUGGGAUGAGUCACCCGUGUGGAGUCAAGGGGAAGAUUCACCACCUUCUCCAUUAUCAAAGAGCCCAUGGAUCUGCACUGCUAGAGAAGCGGCUCUGAAAUUAGUUCCUGCUCUCCAGAUUACCUUGUCUGUGUUCAUGGUGCCUUUGGGGCAGGCAGGAUUGGUUCAGCUCGUUGUGAAUCACAGCUUCAGACCAGGGGCACUGCUCAUCUGAUCUGAGUUUAUAUCUGAGAUACCAGAUAGAUGAUGUAACUCCCUUGUAUCCAGUGGGGUUCAGCUACAGAUAGUCUUUUUGGCCUGGAAGGUCUGAAUUUCCCCCAUGUACACAGUGGCACCGUUCCAAGGACUAUGGGAUGGCUGGUGCUGAUACAGCCACCUCUGCAGCAGUCACCAGUGUUCAGUCUGAUAGGUCCUGCCUUAAACAGCCAUAUCAGAACCAUGACACUACCAGCAAUGCCAUCAUUUUUGGGGCCUCAAAACAGAUCCUUUGCAGUUUCCUGAUGACAGAAGAGGGAUUAUAUCAAAGAUGUAAACAAAGACAACACUACAUUCCAUUAGAGAGCAGAAGUGUCCUGUCCACAGAAGAGAAGCCAAGCAGUUGAUGAAUCGUUACCUCAAUUCCAGUGCCUGAAGGGGCUCCAAGAGAUCUGGACUUUAGACAAGGGCCUGGAGUGACAGGACAGAAGGGAAUGACUUUCCACUGCCAGAGCUCUCCCUCCCCUGAUGGCUCGUCGAUCCCAAAGCUCCUCACAGGGGGACAACCCCCUGGAUCCCAACUACCUUCCCCCCCACUACAAGGAGUACUACCGCCUGGCCCUGGAUGUGCUCACGGAGGAGGGCAAGGAGAGUUACCAGCGCUUCCUGGCCGAGGAGGCGGCCCCCGAUUUCCUCUGUGGCUCCGAGGUGGAGCACAUAAUCCAGAACCUCCAGAAGCCCCAGUACGCCAACCAGGAGGGCAGCACGGACACGGCAGGGGACAAUGACAUGGACGGAUCCUCCGGGACUUACUGGCCCAUGAACUCAGAUCUGGCCGUUCCUGAGCUUGACCUGGGCUGGCCGAUGGUCUUUGGCUUCAGGGGAACAGAGGUGACAACGCUGGUGCAGCCACCCCCGCCAGACAACCCCAGCAUCAAGGAGGAGGCUCGCAGGAUGAUUCGGGCGGCUCAGCAGGUGGUGGCCAUCGUGAUGGACGUUUUCACCGAUGUGGAUCUGCUGUUUGAGGUGCUGGACGCUGCUUCUCGGCGGGUGCCUGUCUACAUCCUGCUGGAUGAAAUGAACUCCCAGCUCUUCCUCGACACAGCUGCCAAGUGCAGAGUCAACCUGAAUUAUGUGGAGUUCCUGAGGGUGAGGACAGUGUCCGGCCCAACCUACUACUGCCGCACAGGGAUGUCCUUCAAGGGGCACCUGAAGGAGAAGUUCCUGCUGGUGGACUGCAUGGUGGUGCUGAGUGGCAACUACAGUUUCAUGUGGUCCUUUGAGAAGAUUCACAGGAGCAUUGCACACAUCUUCCAGGGUGAGCUGGUGGCCAGCUUUGAUGAAGAAUUCCGCAUUUUGUUUGCACAGUCGGAACCCCUCAUUCCUCCAGCCAACGUCUUGGCAAAGGCAGAGAACACUUUUGCCAUGGCUCCCUUUGGCAAUAACAUGCCUUUCUUCCCCAAAAAAGGCCCCCUGAUGUUCCAGAGGGAUGAGAGUCUCUUCCCCUCCUUCAUGGACAGGGUGGAUCCGGACAGGUACUUCCUGUCCAAUUUCCGGCGGGACGACAUGCUGCGGCACACUGUGGAGGGGUCGGCCAUGCGGAUGUACAAAAAGGUGGAAAUGGAGAAUUCCCAGAUGGAUCCGGUCAGGGGCUUCCUCCGUUCCAAGCAGCUGGAGCUGGAUGCUUUUAAAAGACACAGUUUUGCAGAAGGAACAUUUGAAAAUUUUGCUUCUGCCAAGCAGUACACCCGGCAGAUGUUCAUGAACAACAUGGACGAGUUCAAAAUCCAGUCCAGUCAUUUCCAGAAGGACCAGUUCUACCAGUACCAGUUUGAACAUCCCCAUCUUUCUGGCAGACCUCAGGGAUUCUUUGAGAGGAUUCGAGGGGGGAGGCCGGGAUUCAAUGAACUGGAAGACUAUGGAGAGGGACCCCGAUACCCUGAACUGGAGCCCAGUUUCCCACAGGAGGGUUUCCCCCUACGCCUGGAUUACGUGCCCUCAAAUUCUUCCAGGGAGGUGAGACACGGCUCUGACCAGCUGAACCCCGCGGGCAACGGCCCCAUGGGAAUGAUGUUACGGAGGCAGAACAUAGGACAGAAAUUCAUUUGCCAGACUUCUCCCACGCAGAAGCAGAGCCUGGAGCAGCGCCUGUUCUUACAGGACAAGGAUGAAGAGCAGGAUGACGACAAGAACAUGCAGGAAAACAGAACAGGGUUACGGAACUGGAGGAUUUCUUCGUACCUCAGCGCAUACCAGUCUGAACCAGAUGAAGGGCUCCCGAUGCCGAUGGAGUCUGAGGCGUAUAACGAUGCUCUUGGGGAUCCCCUCACAAAGCACCCCACUGACCUCGUCCCAGCCUUCAAACCCCCCACGCCUUUCAAUAGCAAGCCACUGGGAAUUGACAGUGCCAAGGAUUCUGCAGAUCCUGACAGAGCAGGUGAAGAAACCUCAAUAAUGAAACCAGAUGCCUUCAGGUCCAGGAUAAAUCCCUUGAUCCAGAGGAGCUCCAGGCUCAGGUCCUCUCUGAUUUUCAGUGCUGCCAAAUUAGACCAGCCCAAUACCACAAUAGAAAAGGUGCAGAUGAUCCAAAAAGAGCAAAUGUCCAGUGAGUUAACAAAGGACAAUGAAACCAUCAAGACGGCUGCCUCCUCCAAAGUGGCUGAGCUGCUGGAGAAGUACAAAGCUGUAGGCAAGGACAUGGAACGGGGCACGGUCACCCACACCAAAGCUGUUUCGGGUUACCUACAGGAGGAAUCUCAGAAUACGGAGAAGAAAUGUACCAAAUCUGUGCAGUAUAAGAUUCUGGAGAGCAGGGUGCUGGACUCCAAAGACUCCUGCAGUACUUACAAAAUGCAUGGAGAGUUGGACAGAGCAUUUGGAAUGGCCUCAUCCACCCCCCAGCUUGGGGACGCGUUGAGUAAAGAUCCCCUGGCACAUCUUGGCACCAAGGUGGACAAGCUGUCAUCCCGGUUUUACCCCAUCGAGAACAAACCUCCUCUUCCAGAGAAGGAGAGCCUGAUAUUUGUAGGAGACACUCAGAAAUUGGCUCUUCCAGAGAAGAAGGACAGAGUGACCUUCAGAGAAGACUCUCCAAAAUUAGUCAACACAGAAAUGAAGAAACCACAGGUGAGGACAAGUACUACGUCCUCAGUUCUAGAAAGCCUGUCUAGAAGUCAAGGGUCUGACAGCUCUCUCAACAAAUCUGAGGAAGACUGUUCAAAACAAGAGCAAAAUCCCAUGGAGUUUCUAAGAAAAGGGUCACUACGGUUGAAGCAGCUUUUGAACCCAAAAGGUGAGAAGAAAUUGGAGGAGGAACCUGCUUCUGAGAGUGGGAAAUGUGACAAGCAGGCAGUAGUGCUUAAACGAUCAUCCAUAGGGGACUGCCAGGAAGCAAUGGAGGAAGAAAAACCCCACAAAUUCACAGCACCGCUCCCCCCCAAGAGCAGCCAGACAACGCAAGGGAGGUUCCCUUCCUCCACAGCCAACAUCCUCUACAGCAGCAACCUACGUGACGACACCAAGGUGAUCUUGGAGCAGAUCUCUGCCAACAGCCAGAAGAACAGAGCCGAGCUGGCUAAGCAGCUGCCAUCUACCAGCAACCCUGACCUCUCCAGGUCAACCACAAGCUUGGAAAGAAAAGGGGAAAAGGAGAAAAGCUGCAACAUCCACAGGUCUGAGAGCUUUGGGAGCCAGAAGCGGAACCUGCAGCGGCAGCCGUCAGAGGACAGAGACACCCUCCUGAAGAAGAUGGAGAACAUGCGGAAGGAGAAGCGAGUCUACAGCAGGUUUGAGGUGUUCUGCAAGAAGGACGAGCACACAAGUCCCAGUGAA